AUGGCGCUGCGAAAAGUUCGCAGCAACAUCGAUCGAAUUUUCGACAAAUCCCUCACAGAUCUCAUUCGGGGGAUCAGAAAUAACAAGGAUAAUGAGUCCCGAUACAUCGCCCAGUGCAUGGAGGAGAUCAAGCAGGAGUUAAAGCAGGACUCCAUCUAUGUCAAAGCUAAUGCUAUAGAGAAAUUGGCUUAUAUUUUGAUUAUUUCAGAAGUAACAUUUUUCAAAAAAUCGAUUUUCAGGUACCUAGCCGCGGCCCAGAGCUUCCAUGAUGAAACCGAUGUGCUGAUGCUGACCACAAAUUUGAUCCGGAAAGAUGUCAAUAGCGCGAACAUGUACGAGAGUGGCAUUGCAUUGGGCGGUCUCUCUUGCUUCGUGACCCCCGACCUCGCCCGGGACCUCGCUGCCGACAUCGUCAACCUGCUGGCUUGCUCCAGACCGUACACUCGAAAACGGGCGGUCCUUCUUCUCUACAAAGUCUUCUUGAAGUAUCCAGACGCACUUCGUCCAACAUUUCCACGUCUCAAGGAGAAGCUAGAGGAUCCGGAUCCAGGAGUUCAGAGUUCAGCGGUCAAUGUGAUCUGCGAGCUGGCCAGGAAGAAUCCCAAGAAUUAUUUGACACUCGCUCCGGUGUUUUUUAAGCUGAUGACGACGUCUUCGAAUAAUUGGAUGUUGAUUAAGAUUAUUAAAUUGUUCGGCGCUCUGGUCCCUCUGGAACCUCGACUUGGCAAGAAGCUUCUAGAACCCCUCACCAAUCUUAUCAACUCCACAUCCGCGAUGUCCCUUCUCUACGAGUGCAUCAAUACAGUGAUAGCAGUGCUUAUCAGUAUAUCAGCCGGAGGCGAUCACACAUCAUCUAUCCAACUCUGUGUUCAGAAAUUAGGCGUCCUCAUUGAGGAUUCUGAUCAGAAUCUGAAGUACCUUGGGCUUCUAGCAAUGGGAAAGAUUCUGAAGACACAUCCAAAAGCUGUCCAGGCUCACAAGGACAUCGUGCUCCGAUGCUUGGAUGAUAAGGAUGAGAGCAUCAGAUUGAGAAGUCUAGAUUUGCUAUAUGGGAUGGUGAGCAAGAAGAAUAUCGUGGAAAUUGUCAAGAAGCUCAUGGAGCACGUGGAAGCCGCCGAAGGAUCGCAUUAUCGAGAUGAAUUGCUCAGCCGUAUCAUAGGAAUAUGCUCAUGGAGCAACUAUCAAUAUAUCACCAAUUUCGAGUGGUAUAUAUCGGUGCUCGUUGAGCUCACUAAAGUGGAGGGAACGGAGCACGGAGCCAAAAUCGCUGAGCAAAUCCAGGACGUCACUGUGCGUGUGGAGUCAAUUCGACACUUUUCGGUGUCCCAGAUGGCGUUGUUGGUGGAGAAUGCGCAUGUUUUGUUGGCCGGAUCGGCUCAGCAACGGAGCAAUAUGUGUGAGGUUUUGCUGGCGGCCGCGUGGAUCUGUGGAGAGUAUAGCCAACAUGUCCGCAACCAGCAGAAUGUUCUAGAGUCCAUGCUCAAAGCCAAGCCAUCUGUAAUGCCCGGCCACAUUCUCUCUGUCUACGUUCAGAACAUCGGAAAACUCUACUGCUCCCUAAUGUCGCAAGCCGAGGAAGAAGACGAUUGGGAUCAAAUCGACAGUCUAGACAACCUAAUGCUCUCGAAACUCCCACAAUUCGAGCUCUCGGAGCAUCUAGAAGCUCAGGAGCGUGCGUGCAACCUAAUGACAAUCAUCAGAAUCAUCGAACAACGUCAUCAGAAGAAGGAGAAGAUGGGCGGCGAGCUUCAAAAGUUGUACGAUGGAGAGUUGAAUCCAGUGGCUACCAAAGCCCAGAGGAAGGUUCCAGUGCCAGAUGGUCUAGAUUUGGAUGCGUGGAUUGGGGAUGAAUGGGUGUCAGAAUCCGAGGAAGCUGAGGAGGAGUCGGAUUUGGAGGAAAUGUUUGGAGCGCCGAUUACACGGCCGAAAAUGGACAUUGGAGAUAUGGAGGAAGACGUUGAAGAGGCUGCUGAGGACCAUAAGAAGGGAAAUAAGGGGAAGAAGGGAAAGAAGAGUGGAGAGAUGAGCAAGGAGGAGAUGGAGGAGAGACGAAGACAGCGGGAGCAGGAGAUUGAGAAUAAUCCAUAUUAUGUGAAGGGCUCCGCAACCGCCCCCAAGCGCCCAACUCGCUUCGGCAACCCCAUCGAACGAACCGAAGCCGCCGAAAAAGAGAAAGAAAUCCAAUCCCCACUGGAGAUCCCCGGCGUCGUUGGCCUUCAUCGAUACAUGGAGCAGCAGGACUCGACGUUGAGCUGGAAGAAGGCAAAGGAGGAUUCUGAUUCUAUUGGAAAGAAAAAGAAGAAGACGUUAAAGAAGGAGAAGGGCGGUGGGAAGAAGAAGAAGCGACGAACGACGAGCACGAGCAGUGAGGAAGAGGAUCGGGUGGUGCAUAAAGUGAACAGGAAUGAUGGAGAAAUGCCCGAGGGAGCCAAAUCGACAGAUGACGAGGAUGAGAAGAACAUUCCCACCGACGAAUUCCGCGCUCUUGACAUGGAUCUCGACGCCCCGCUCCGACCGGAUGAAAUCGUCAAAGCGCCUCAAGCCUACACCCGAACCUAUCCAUCUCAACAGAAGCCCGGCCCGCUGGUCCCUCGCCCGCCGACCACUUUUGAGCCGCGGCCGGUCGUUGAGGCUCCAAAACCCGUGAAGGAGAAGAAAAAGAAGACCGGAAAGACGGGAGUGGCCAAACUAAAGAAGAAGAAGAGUCUUCCGGAGUCGUCGGCUUCAAAAUCGAAUCUUUUUAAUAUGGAUGAUUGGUUGGAAGCUGGUAGUAACAAUGGAACCGUACCCUCUUCAGAAAGCGUCCCCAAAUCCACCCUGGCUGUUGAAAAACCCGCUAAAAAGACGAAAAAAUCGACGCGGAAAGUUCGAGAAGCCUACGAGGAGACAUCUGGAGUCUGCACGCCUUCAAUCCCCCAUCAACGGAGCCCAAUCGAUACCGACGUCCCAACGACGUCUUCAGAAUUCACUCGUCUCGCUGCCAACAAGACAUUGAGCGUGGAUUUCGUGGCAAGACCCAAUCAGGAUCCGCUGGAUCAUGGAAGGGUGACGGUGACGCUGAAGGUCCAGAAGCUAGGUGACGCGAAGAUUCAGAAGGUGGAAUUGUCCAUGGUGGAUACUCUUAAUGCGAAGGUCGUCAAGGAUUCAGAUGAGGCGAUUCUGUUGGCCGAGGAGCUGGAUGCCACGUCAUCAGAGGCGUCGUUUGAUGUGCAGGUGACGGCGACUAAUGUGUCGAGAAUGAUGAGAGGAACGGUGACCUACUUUUUAGUGGACGAUGAAGGCACGCGAGACGACAAACUGGACCUUCGCCUUCCCCUUCCUUCAGUGGUCUUCGUCAUUCCAAACUCCUCAAUCCGAAAAGAUGACUGGUCGGCGUUGCUGGCUUCGGAUGAGGUCGAUUUUGUGGCGUCGCAGAGUGUCAAAACUAGCCCGGAUCUGAAAUUGCGGACUGUUUUGUCCCAAAUUUCGAAAAAAGGGCAUUUUUCGGUGGUCGAGGAGACUCCAAAAGAGGCACCGAAGGCCGCGUCGUUGUUCGGACGAACUGUUGGCGGGCAGCCAAUUUGCUUGCUUGUUAAGAAGACGACCGAUGGACUCCAAAUCGACGGAAAAGCUGGCGACGAGACGCUGAUUCAAUCCAUCAUUCAGGAUGUGUCAGAGAUUUGUGCCAGAGUUUAA